AUGUGCCUUUACGAUUUUCGCAGAGACGAUAUAUCUGAAACUAAAGAAAUGUUGGAGAAAAUGCCAAAAACAAAACCAGGAUAUUAUGCUGUUCGUAAAGGUAGAAAACCGGGAAUUUAUUUAACUUGGGAAGAAUGCGAAUCGCAAGUUAAAGGAUUUUCUGAUGCUAAAUACCAAAGGUUUUCUCUUAAAACUGAUGCUGAAAAUUUUAUUAAUGAUAAAAAAGAAACUGUAGUUUUAGAUAAAAACAAGAUUCAGAUCUGGACUGAUGGUUGUUGUUUAGGUAAUGGGACUAAAGAAGCUAAAGCUGGGAUUGCAAUUGAAAGUUGUGAAAACAAAAAAAAAUCAUUAAAAAUUUUCACUGACAGUUUACAUGUAGUUAAUAUUAUCAGAGAAUGGAUUGAAAAAUGGGAAAAAAACAGUAGAAUAGGAUCGGUUAAAUUAACUCAUGUGCGUGGUCAUCAAGGUAAUUAUGGUAAUGAACAGGCAGAUAAGUUAUCUAAAAUAGGUUCUUUUAAAGAUGAGAUUAUUGAAAAAGACGAGAAAAUAAAACGUAUGGAUCAUACGUGGUUCAGAGAGAAUGAAAAUACAAAUUUUCGAAGACCUAUAAUGUAUCCUGAUGAUGAAGGACACAUAACCGAAUAUAUUCAAAUUAAGUUGAACGAUAAACAAAAUGUUCUUCUUAACAAAGAACGUCGAGAAUUUCUUAAGCGACAUAAAUUUGUUCUCGAUAAGGCCAAUAUUGUUGAAGAAACCACCAAAGAAUAUUUACUUGAAUUACUUUAUCCUGAAGCAAAAUUAGCAAACAUUAAAUUUAAGAAUGGUUAUUCGUUUGAUUUGC